AUGGAUAACUCAGGUGCAGGUCAGCCAUACAUUAUUGGAAGAAAACUUCAAGUAGAAGCUAUACCCAAAAACAAUUCCUACUCUGGGAUUGAGAAUCCUCCUCAAAAUGUUGUUGAUAAAGUAGGAUCAGAGGACUCCAAUACCAAAAAUGCCAGCCCAAAGAAAUUGGAAAGUAUCCCGGAAGUUGUUAACAAAGACCUAGAUGGAAACCCCAGGGUUGCAAGUACAAGUCAAAAUGAUGCCAGCAGUGUAAGGGUAAUUAGUAGAGCCCUAGGAAGUAUUCAGGAAGCAGCUACUAAUGAGAGCCCAGAUGAAAGGCCUGGGGACACAAGUACAUGUCAGAGUGAUAUCGGUGGACCAACAGGAACCAAUGACCUGGAAGUUGUCAAUAUGAGCCCGGAUAGAAGGUUUGCAAACACAUAUAUGAGGCAGAAUGAUGCUAGCGGAGAAACGGGAAUCAGUGAUAAUGCCGGUGAAGCAGUGGGGUCCAUUGGCCAGAGAAGUAUCCAGGAAGUUGUCAAUGAUGGCUCAAACGAACGCGGUGCAGUUGCAGGUCAGAAUGGUGCCAGUGAAGCAAUGGAAGCCAUUUAUGCCAUGGAAAAUGCUGCUUGGGAAGUAGCUAGCGAGGAUUCAGAUGGAAGUGAUAAAGACAUGGCUCAGAAAAUACUUUCAUGCCCCCGUAAUAGUGAAUCAUUUACUCUUAACAGCAUAAUAAAAAAGGGUGAAGAUGUUUGA